AGAAUAACAGUAAAAAAGGUAAAAAAGAAAGUGAGUGAAAAAGCGGAGAGAAUCAGCUGAGAAAUUAUUUCAAAAGUGGGUCUACCUUCCUCGUCAUUGUCAGUAUGAUGAUACUCAUCAUCAGCAGCAACGAAAUCACUUUCCCAGAUUUCAGACAAAAUUUUCACACACUCACACAGUAACUCUACUCUCUGCUGGGAGAGUUGAGGCAAGCAAACUCCGCCCCCUCUUCUCAAACACGACGAAAAAUGAGGAUGGAAAGCAGCGAAGAAGAAGAUGACUUCCCAGCAAUCGAGAGUGUCACUCCGCAGUCUAAGAUCGAUACUGUCUACCAAUCCAAAACUGAAAAGGGAAUCAGAAAAAUAUGCUUCGAGCUCUUGGAUUUGAAGGAUGCUGUGGAAACCUUGUGUGGUAAUACACAAACGAAAUACUCCGCUAUUUUGAGAUUAUGUGAAGAAGUUGUGGAGGCUGAGCAUGAGUUAAAUGAUCUCCAGAAGCAUAUCUCAGCACACAGAAUUCUUCUCCACGAUUUGAUGACUGGUGUUUCUCAAGAACUCGAAGAAUACGCUCGUGCUAUUGACAUUGUAGAGCAAGAUAUAGAUGAAAAUGUUCAGCUGGAAAAUUCCUCUCCAACUGAUGAGGCGGAUCACAGGAUGACAUUCUUGGAGAAUAUUGAUGUUCUUCUGGUGGAGCGCAAAAUAGAUGAGGUAAUAGAGGCUAUAGACGCUGAAGAAAGACGUCAUCCAGAUCUCAAAGCUUCGUCUGACACAUCAGCUACUGAACAAUCUUCUUUUAGGGCUGCUUUGUUAAAAAGAAAAUCGGUACUUGAAAACCAACUUGUUGAAAUAACUGAGCAACCUUCAAUUAGUGUUGGCGAAUUGAAGAAGGCUUUAUCCAGCUUAUUAAAGCUUGGAAAAGGGUCAUUGGCGCAUCAGUUGCUUCUCAAGUCAUCUGGGUCACGUCUUCAGAAAAGUGUUGAGGCUUUUCUCCCAUUGUGUCCCUGUUACCCUGAAACUUACUCUGCCUCAUUAUCCAAUCUUGUAUUUUCUUCCAUAUUGUUGACUGCAAAAGAAUCUGUUUUGCUGUUCGGGGACAAUCCCGUUUAUGUUAACAAAAUUGUUCAGUGGGCAGAAUCAGAGAUCGAAUCAUUUGUAAGGUUGGCCAAAGAACAUGCUCCAGCUUCUGAUUCUGCAUCUGCUCUUCAUGCAGCUAGCGUUUGUGUUCAGGCUAGCUUGAACCAUUGCGCAGCUCUAGAGCCACAUGGGUUUACGUUCUCGGAAUUGCUUCUGGUGCUUCUGCAACCAUAUGUUGAGGAGGUUUUAGAACUAAACUUUAGGCGGGCCAGAAAGCAAAUUCUUGAUUUUUCGGAAGACGAGUGCAUGCCAUUGUCUCCUCGGUUUGCGUCUCCUCUGACUACUUUUGGCACUCCGUCUGAAAGUGUGCUUGUUCAAAGUGGAAUUCGAUUUAUUUAUGUGAUCAAAGAAAUAGUUGAACAGCUCACUCACAUGGUCAUUUUACACUUUGGAGGAAAUGUAUUGACAAGAAUAUCACAUCUUUUUGAAAAAUAUGUGGAUAUGUUGGUUAAAGCUUUACCUAGCACUUCUGAAGAUGACAAUCUGACAGAUUUAAAAGAUGCUGUCCCAUUUAAAGCUGAAACAGAUUCGCAGCAGUUUGCAUUGCUGGGAGCAGCUUUUACUAUUGCUGAGGAACUUUUGCCAAUGGUGGUAUCAAAAGUCUGGAAUGUUCUGAUUGAAAGCAAGGAAGCAGGAAGCGGACUUCCAGAAAACUCGAUGACUUCUGCUAAUAACUCAUUAGAGUUAAAAGAUUGGAGGCGUCAGCUUCAGCAUUCCUUGGACAAGCUCAAAAACUACUUCUGCCUACAAUACAUAAUUAGUUUUAUCUACUCCAGAGAUGACAACACCCGAUUAGACGCGAAGAAUUAUAUACGUGGAGAAAAGGAAGAUAUGUUUUGGGUUUCAGAUCCACUUCCAACAUUACCUUUUCAGGCACUAUUUGCAAAGCUACAGCAACUAGCAACUGUUGCUGGGGAUGUUCUUCUGGGAAGAGAAAAAGUACAGAGAGUUUUGCUGGCCAGGCUCACGGAGACCGUGGUUUUUUGGUUGUCACAGGAGCAAGAGUUUUGGAGCAUUUUAGAGGAUGAGUCAGCUCCUCUUACGCCUUUGGGGUUGCAGCAGUUGAUUUUAGAUAUGCACUUCACUGUGGAGAUUGCGCGUUAUGCUGGUUAUCGAUGCAGAAGUUUGCAUCAGUUGGCAUCAUCCAUUAAUGCAAGGGCAAUCAAAGCAUUUUCUGCAAAAGGUGUUGAUCCACAAAGUGCUUUACCAGAGGAUGAAUGGUUUGUGGAAACCGCAAAAAAUGCAAUCAACAAAUUCCUGCAUGUAGCUUCUGCAUCGGAUACAUCAGACUGUGAUGAGGAUCAUAUCAUCUUACAUGAGGACGGGAACUCAGACUUACAUGACGAAGUGAACUCGGACUCUGAUGGUUCUCCAUCUUCCCUUUCAUCGAUAGAGAGCUCAGAAAGCUUUGCUUCUGCAGAGGGUGAGCUAGAGAGCCCAAAUUUCUCGGACACUGAAAGUUGAUCUACUCAUGCUGUUAACUUUAUAUACAUUCUGUAGCUUAAAGUGAAUGUAAAUCUUAAUCUUAUUGAUUCGGGUAGGUAGGAUUCUGAAUAACAGAAUGAUUCUUUCUUGAUCUUCACUGAGUUGUUGUCAGAUCUAGCUAGCUGUAGCAAUACUGUUACCUAGGCAGCGUUUAGGAGGAAUCGAACUUCAACCACUUGAAGAAUAUCAUAGAAGUUAAUUGCUGGGAGUAAGUUUCUGUUCUUUACCCAACUAGCAAUAAUCACUUAAUAUCCAUUACCAAUUUCGUGUCGCCA